GUGUUCCUGUGCUUCAGCAACAGAGAGAAAAACAUGCCUGACCAACAGCAAACCUCUCAGCUCUCUGCUCUGUUCAGAGCUGCAACACUUCAUGACCUACACACAACUGCAGUGGAUCUGGCCUUACAGAGUAAGAACGGACACCUGGACCUUUUCCUCCGCUUCCUCCUGGGCCUCUCACUGGAGUCCAAUCAGAAUCUCUUAAGUCACCUACUGCCACAGACAAGAAGCCAAUCACAGAGCUCAGAGCAAACAGCCCAGUGUGUCAAACAGAAGAUCAGAGAUCAGAAUAAAUCAGACAGAAAGAUCAACCUGUUCUACUGUCUGAAUGAGCUGAAUCACCACGCUGUAGUGGAGGACAUUGACAGGAGCUCAGGAACUCUGUGUGUGGACAUGCUCUUACCAGGAAAGUGGGAGACUAAGAUAUUUGAGUUUAAGAUUCCAAAAGAGCAGCUGGAUGAGUUUGACCUGCAGAAGUACAUAAAGACACCGGAGGAAGAUCUGACUGAACUCCUCAGUCUUGAUGAAGUUCUGCAGAAGCUGGUGCCAGUGGUCACAUAUUCCACAUCAGCUGUGCUGUAUUACUGUGACCUGACAGAGAAGAGCUGUUCCUAUCUGGCCUCUGCCCUGACCUCACACUCCUCAAGUCUCACACAGCUGAACCUGGGCUUCAAUGAGCUGCUGGGAGACUCAGGAGUGGAACUUUUAUGUUCUGCUCUUUCUCAUCAAAACUGCAAACUGGAAGAACUACUGCUGAUUAACUGUGACCUGACACAGAAGAGCUGUUCCUAUCUGGCCUCUGCCCUGAUCUCACACUCCUCAAGUCUCACACAGCUGGACCUGGGGGGCAAUAGACUGAGUGCAUCAGAUGUUGAGCAGCUCUCUGCUCUAGUGAAUGACCCCAACUAUAAACUGGAGACACUAAUUGUGGAUGGUCGUAUCUUCAGAAGGGAGAGUCCAGCAGCAGCAGCAGCCUCCGCUAGCAGCUCCCACUCCUCAGAUGCUGCAGAGCUGCACCUCACAGACAAAACCCAGCAGGAUCCAGGAGCACAGCUGCUCUCUGAUGACACUCCCAACAGCGAUGACCCACAGAGGAGCUGUAAAUCCUGUGCUGAAGUUCCAGACACCAGCCACUGGGUCCUGGUGGAGCCUGAAGUCUCUACAGAGAAGAGCGUCUCAACCUACAGCCUGAGCUCUCCUGCAGGGAGCUAUGAGUGCUCAGAGUCUGGUCUGCGCUGGUCGUGUGCCGGUCCAGUCACCCUGCAGUACCGCUUCACAGACUGGCAUGUCUAUGCUGAAGAGCUGGCCCACAUGCAGUACAGACCAGCUGGUCCUCUGAUGGACAUCAGCCUCAUGUCAGGAGAGCUGGAGGAGAUCCAUCUUCCACAUUUCCUGUGUUUGGGGGGUUGUGAGGCGUCUGUGUGUGAUGCUGUGAGGGUCCUGCAUGGGCGGGACAGCGGAGUGUGUGUGGAGGUGUGUGAGCUGACCCGACGCCAUGCCAGGCUUGCCCACCCCUCCUUCUCUCCUCGUGGAGUGAUCUACUAUUUAAAAUCUCUGCUGUUUCCCAUAAGCGUCCAUUCAGAAGUGCUGGUCUAUCAGAGCAGCACGUCACCCCUGGUUUUCCACACCUACCUCCUGCCUGAAGAUGCCCAUCUGAGGCAGCGGGUGGAGAGAGUUGAGGAGAAGUUAAGGGGGGUUUGGGUGCCAAAUCCCCAGCCUAUCAUGCCUCUUCAGAUGGACGGCUUCUAUAGCCUAAUGACUGACUGUACCUCUAAGAUCUUACCAGAGAAGCUGAUGCUGAGAUACAGCAAAACCACCCCCAACUUCAUCAAGGUGAAGCUUCCUGAGGCUGCUGCCUCCUUUCACAUGGUGUUGUUCAGCUCUGCAGACAGCAGGGGGCAGUCUGUGUGGACAGCAGAGUUACAAUCAGGUGAUGACGGACCACUACCAGAGAGUCGGGGAAGGACCAGAGACGCUCCCACUGAAGUCCAACCAUCACCAGCAGUCAACACAAACAGUGGGGACUAUCUGCAGCCCAGCAGGAGCCCAGGACAGGUCGGCAGGCAGGAGGCAGCUGACUUUGUGGACGACAACAGGGCAGAGCUCAUCAGCAGGGUGACAGAGGUGAUGCCCAUAGCCGACGAGCUCCUCGACCAGAGAGUCAUUGGCCGGGAGACCUACUCUAACAUCCAAGCAGCUCCCACCAGUGAGGACAAAAUGAGGGUCCUUUAUGAGGGCCUGCACUCAGCUGGAGCUCAGGGCAAAUCUAUCUUCUACCGGAUCCUUCAGGCACAGCAGCCCCUCCUAGUGGAGGAUCUGUGAACAGCGUGACCACAGCAGGACACCCAGCCUGCCAGGGUCUACUCUAAUCUCAGAGAUCCUGCCAAAUACUGCUCCUCUUUCCUCGAGAUCCUGAGUGUUUCUCAAAGUCAAGAAUGCUUCCUUGGUAGCAGUGGCGGCUCCUGAAAAAAUUCUUAGGGGGGGCAAUUUUUUUGAUAAUAAU